AUGUCAGAAACAAAUCAAAAUUCUCCAUUGAUCCAAUCAAAGCUUCCUGAUUUAAAACAAUCAAUGACAUUGAAAUACGUGAAGCUAGGCUAUCACUACCUCAUCACCCAUGCAAUGUUACUGUUCUUAUCACUUUUUGUGGUUCUAAUAUCGCCAUGUCUCUCCACACUCUCAGUCCAAGAUUUGCAUGACAUUUGGGGCUAUAUGCACUUCAAUCUCAUAUUUGUGUUCCUUUGCAUAGCUCUCCUUGUGUUCUUGUUGACCCUUUAUUUUCUAUCUGGGCCUCUACCAAUUUACCUUGUUGAUUUUUCAUGCUACAAAGCUGAGGAUGCACGCCAAUGCCCAAGGCAGAUAUUCAUGGAUUGUGCUAGUAUGACAGGAGCUUUCACUGACCAAAGCCUCGAGUUCCAGCGCAAGAUUCUGGAACGAUCGGGGCUUGGUGAGUCAACAUACCUCCCUGAAGCUGUUACAAGAAUUCCUCCAAACCCAUCAAUGGCAGAGGCCAGGAAGGAAGCUGAGGCUGUCAUGAUUGGUGCUGUUGAAGAGCUAUUUCAGAAGACAAGGGUGAAGCCAAAAGACAUUGGAUUUCUGAUUGUGAACUGUAGUUUGUUUAACCCCACACCUUCUUUGGCUGCUAUGGUUAUUAACCAUUACAACCUUAAUGGGAACAUUCUUACUUACAAUCUUGCUGGCAUGGGUUGUGGUGCUGGUUUGAUUUCUAUUGAUCUUGCCAAGGAACUUCUUAGUGUUCAUCCAAAUUCUUAUGCUCUCAUCAUUAGCAUGGAGAACAUCACCUUGAACUGGUAUUUUGGGAAUGAUAGAUCAAUGCUUGUUUCUAACUGUUUGUUUAGAAUGGGAGGAGCUGCAAUCUUGCUUUCUAACAAGAGGUGGGAUAGAUUUCGAUCCAAGUAUCAGUUGAUGCACACAGUUAGGACUCACAAAGGUGCUGAUGACAAGAGCUUCUCUUGUAUUACCCAAAGGGAAGACUCCACAGGAAGGGUUGGUGUUUCUUUGUCAAAGGAUCUCAUGACAGUUGCUGGUGAUGCUUUGAAGACCAACAUUACUAUUUUGGGUCCUCUUGCGUUGCCAAUGUCUGAACAGUUGAUCUUUUUUGCCAACUUAGUAGCAAGAAAAGUUUUCAAGAUGAAAAUGAAGCCUUAUAUACCUGAUUUUAAGUUAGCUUUUGAUCAUUUCUGCAUUCAUGCGGGUGGAAGAGCUGUGCUGGAUGAAAUCGAGAAGAACCUCCAACUCACAGACUGGCACAUGGAACCCUCCAGGAUGACCCUUUACAGGUUUGGCAACACUUCCAGCAGCUCACUUUGGUUUGAAUUGGCUUACAUUGAAGCCAAAGGAAGGAUAAAAAGGGGCCAUAGGUUAUGGCAAAUUGCAUUUGGAUCUGGAUUCAAAUGCAACAGUGCAGUUUGGAAGGCUCUCAGGAAAGUGAACCCAGAAAAGGAAAACAAUCCAUGGAAGGAUGAAAUUCAUCAGUUUCCAGUUGAUGUUCCCAAAUUCUCAGCUAUCUAG